AUGUCCUCCUCGUUCCUCAGAUCCUUCACCAGAGUAUCAUCCCGUGCUCUCCGUCCUUCCACUCGUAUCUUUGCCAGUCGUCAGGUCCAGCCCUUUAGCAUUCAAUCCAUCAAGAUGUCUGACCAGUCCAUUGUCUUCACCAAGAACGCUCCGGCUCGUAAGUCUCCUUCUCUGAUCUCACUGGUGCGGUCCCAGGCCAUUAAGACCCCCACUGCCAUCUACUGCUCCGGCCAGAUCCCCCUCAACCCCGAGGGCGUUCUGGUUGAGGGCACCAUUGCCGAGAAGACCAAGCAGUGCAUCACCAACCUCAAGGCCGUCCUUGUUGAGGCCGGCUCCUCCAUUGAGAAGGUUGUCAAGGUCAACAUCUUCCUCGCCGACAUGGGCGACUUUGCCGAGAUGAACGGCGAGUACGAGAAGUGGUUCACCCACAAGCCUGCUCGCAGCUGCGUUGCUGUUAAGACCCUCCCCAAGAACGUUGACGUCGAGCUUGAGGCUAUCGCCCUCCCUUAA